GCCGACGUCCGCGCGCGCCUUCUCAUUCAGGCCACCAACGGCCUGCAGGCCCUGCACCGGGCCAGCAAGGGCCUGGGCCACCUGGCCCACGUCGCCGCCCUCCUGGACCGCCUCGGUGUGCUGCUGCAGCCGGGCACCACCCUCGGCAGCGCGACCAGCAGGUCCGGAAUGGAGAGCCCCCUCGCCGUUCAGCUCGCUCGGUCCUACAUUCUUGCCAAGAAGGAAAAGGGAAGCGCUGAGCAUCUGAAGGAGGGGCUGAAGAGGCGAGCCAAUCUGGCGUCGGCCGUUCUUCGGCUGCGCUCGCUGGCCGCGGCCAACGUCCGGAACAAAAAGUCGCUCCCCGCGCAGGCCCUGAACGAACUCAUUCCCAGCCUCGGCGCUGCCAAGGGCCAGGUGAGCUAUGUGAGCCGCUUUCUAUCGCACCUGAUACUCCUGGGCCAAACGCUGGGCACCGAGAGCGACGCCCUGCAGCACCUGCGCCUCUCACCUCGUCGCCUCCUCUCCUCACUCGUCUUCGAAGCCAAACAGUGUACGGCCUCCCAGCUCGAGUCGCGCGUGGUGCACCUGCUCGCCACCCAGAACGACACGGCCGGGGCCGGCGAGGCGCUGUCGGGCCUGCAGCUGCACGAGGCCGUGGCCAUCGUCACCACCCUCCUCGACAAGCCCAUCGCGUCCGACCCGGCCCGCAACCACCCGCUCAAGCUCUUCCUCGUCCAGGUGGAGCUCUUCUCCAAGCGGGAGCUGGGCCUUCGCGCGCUCCUCGAACUGGGCGCCGACCAGCAGAAGCUCUUCGAGAAGCUGGUCGACCAUCCCGCGUUGAUCGUGGAGAGCUUGAUCAUGUCCGAGCAGACCUCUCACGCGCGCCUGCUGCUGCUGCGCCUGCCCGAACUCGUCGACGAUGCGCUCCUCAUCAACUACGCCCAGAAGGCCCUCCUCUUCCCCAUCUCCGACGGCUCACGCACACGUCCCGCAGCCCAGACGUGGGUGUUGACGGGCGAUGAGACUGUCGAUGCGAAGCUGCGGGUCCAGCACGCCUACGGCACGGCCCCGUCGAUGCACCUGGGCAAGGCCCUGCUCGAUCUCGUCGCGCAGCCCAAGAAGGCCGGCGAGGCCUGCCUCGUCGUGUGCGAUCGCCUCUCGAGCGGACUCCCGGACCGCCCGUCCGACGAAAAGCUGCACACCAUCAACCUCAUCCAGCAGCUCCUCCUCUACGCCAAGCUUCAGUUUAUUCGGUCGUCCGAUGCCUCCGGUGGCGUCUCGCUCUGUGACACGAUCCUGUCCCACGUCGAGCUGCUCCAGACGCUGACGCUGUCCAAGUGCCCGCUGGGGAAGAUCUCGCUGAUGGACUUCUCCGACCCGCACAAGGCGCGCCAGCAGCGGGACAAGCUCAUCGCGCAGGACCGCAUGAAGCUGGCCCUCGACGUCGCCACCAAGUGCAGCAUCGACGCCGAGCCCGUGUGGGCCGCCCUGGGCAUGGCCCUCCUCCGCAUGCCGCGCUACAACGACGCCAAGGAAAAGUUCAAAUACUGUUUGCCGACGACCAACGACAGAGGCGGGUCGCACGCCGGUGGCCUUGACUCGGGCACGCUCCUUAAGAGCAUCAUCAGCACGCUCGAGUCGGGUGCGCCGAUGGAGGCGAGUGAUCUGCGCGCACUGCACGCGCAGAUGGCGUCCUCGUCGGCCUCGUCGUCGUCCAUGUCCAACUCGUCGCUCUCCUCGUCCGGCAGCUUCUCGAGCAAGCUCAGCACGCCGCCCACCACCCCCACCAAACCCGCUUCGCGCGGCUUCUUCGCCGACCUGUGGGGCAGCGGGAGCACGCCGAAGAGGGACGAGAGCCCGCAGCAACGGUUGCACGGCAGCGGCAGCGGGAGCGGGAGCAGUCCGGUGCGACGCGAGGCCUCGGGCGGCGCCGGCGGGGCCAAGGGCGGCAGCGGCACGCUGGACUCGAUGCGGUUCAUGCAGUGCGUGUACUACCUGCGCCUCUACGGCACCCCGCGCCAGCAGGUCGCCUUCUGGACGCACCACUCGCUCUACGAGGACGCGUGUUCGUUCAUCAUCGCCAACAAGCUGCCGCCGAACGUUUUUGUGGAGGACGUAUUCCUCGCCGCGCUGUCGCACGCGCAGCUGCCCUUCCUCCUUCGGGGAUUGGGGCAGUCGAGCAAGUACCUGCUGGAGGUGUGCAAGGUGCUCAACAGCAAGGGCGCCUUCCGGCUACUGCUCACCCUCCAGGAGUUCAUGAAGGACUACGUCCGCGCCGCCCUCACCUCCAUCAAAGUCUCCCACGCCUCCCCCGACCUCGCCGCCAAACUCAAGUAUUUGGAGCAGGCCAAGGCAUUCCUGCUGGAGGGACUCGAGGACAUCCAGAACCGACGCGGCGAGGCGGCGACCGCGCCACCCGCACAGCUCUCGGCUUCACCAUCACCAUCGUCGUCUUCGUCUUCUUCCUCAUCGUCAUCGUCGACCGCUGCCGGCUCCGCAGCUGCGCCAGCAGCAACCGCCAUGCUGACCGAGUCCGAGAUCUCGCGAUACAUCCGCACCCUCAAUCUCCAGAUGGAGGUGACCAAGUACUUUGCCACGCAAGCCAAGAGCGCCCCCGCCCUCCAGAACCUCUCGCUCUUUGGCCAGCAAGCCCAGAAGUCUGAAGUGGCGGGAGAGCUGCUGGGGAGCUACAACCACGAGCUGGCGUUCAAGGUGAUGCAGGAGUUCCGGCUGCCGAUGGCGCCCAUCUACGUCGACGCCAUCGCCAAGAUCGCCAGCAAGCGGCAGGUCUCGAAGAUCUUCGAUUUGCUGAAGAACGUCAAGGGCAGCGUGGACGACAAGGACUGGGACGAGGUCGUGCUGGCCGCCAUCAAGGUCAUGGUGCGCGACCACAACGACCCUAAGACCGGCGAAAAGCUCGUCGACAAGCUCGUCUACCUCCAAAGCAAGGUGGAGGGGUUCGUGAUGUGUGGCAAGCUCAAGUCGGCGUACCUGGCGGCGGUCAAGGCCAACGACGCGUCGCUGAUCAUCAAGAUCCGCGAGGAGGCCAACCGCACCAACGCGCCGGGCGUCGCCGACCUCUGCCAGAAGUUUCUCGCCGCACACCACUAA